CCUCUGCCGGGACCUUGGGACACCCAGACGCCCUCCUUCCCGGUCGCCCGAAGCAGCGGGGACUCUGCCUUGGCCUCUCUGAACCCCACCAGCCCUGGCCGCACGGUCAGGCUGCACCCUGGGUCUCUUAUCCGCUAGGUCCCGGCUCAGAUUGGCUCUGGGCCGGGACGGACUCCGGAGUCAGGAAGCUUCAUUUGUCUGCCCGCAUUUGUUUGGUGCCUUUUUCUUUUGGCCCUGGGCAAGGGCUGAGUUAAUUAUUCCGUGAGGUCUCCUCGGCAGUCCUCAGCCCGGUGUCGCCCACUGCCCCGAACAGGCUUCUGCCCUUCUGUCCCUCUGCCCCACCGAACCCUCCUCAAGGACAGCUGCCCCGGGGCUUGUGUGUCUGUAAACGGCUCUGAGUGUUGUGCCUACACUAUUUUGAAGCCUGUGACCCAGGGAAGUGGUUCUCUGCACCUCUGUUCCCCUUGUUCGGUGGGAUUAAUGAUUCCUCCUCAGGCCUGCUGAGGACCGUGGAGAUAAUCCUGGAAACUACUCUCAACAGCGACUGGCCCUGCUGAGUAACCAGGAUAAUAGUUGUUAGCAAUUAUUCUCACUUGGUAACUCCAGUUUUAUUAUAUGUUGCUCAUUAGGUUUCUCACUUUUAAAAAUUAUAAACACUCGACUCUUUAAAUUUGAUUUACCUGGUCAGGUCCUAGUUUCAAACCAGGACAUCAUGGUACAUGAUGCAUGGUUUAUUCUUUUAGAUUUACUUUUGAUGGAUACGUAGUCACUGGGUGUCAUUCUAGGUACAGUGUGAGGAUUCCAGGAAUGUGUGUGUGUAAUGAUCACAUCAGGUCCCAGGUGCUUCGUCUCUGACAAAUCCUUCUCAGGACAGACAGUGAAGGUCUUGGCUGUGCGUGGAGCCCAAGGGUUGCUGGUCAUGGCUCGUAUGGAUCUUCCUGAGCCUGCCUGGUCCAACUUGAAAGUCUUUGAGAACCCAGUAGGGCUAAAGUGAGUAUCUCGAGUUUAUUUUGCAGUUCCAGGGCACAGACACGCUUGAGUGGACUAUGCUAUUUGAGAAUCCAGUCAGGGAACUCUGUGACAUGCCCAGCCCUCUGCAGAGCCCCUUUCCGAGACACUGGCAGGCAGUCUUUGCAGUCUGACGUUACCUGUCACAGGUGGGCCCGUGGAUGCAGCCGUGAAAACUGCAUCACUGCCCACAGGAAGCUCACGGCCUGGGACAGGAAGUUGUCACAAAGCAAACGGCCAAGUGGAGUGGAGGCGGCAGGAAGUCAGCAAACACUUCCUGAGGCGGGCUUAGCACGAACUGGAUUUCAUUCUGCUCUGUGGUGCUGGUCCAACACUCCGGGUGGAGGCAAGUGCUAGCGAAGGCCUGGUGCUGUGCGGUGGCCUCUGCCGUGCCCUCCUGGGGUCUCACUAUGUAGCUCAAGCUGGCCUCAAACUUCUCCUCGAACUCCUCCUGCCUCAGCCUCCUGAGUGCUGGGAUUACAAGCAUGUAUCACCAUGCCUGCAUCUUCUGCAGAAGUUUUUCCUUGGAGCACUGUCUCCUGGCCCAGGACCCUGCCCUGUCCUGGCUGAGCCACCGCCCUGGCUCUCUGUCCCUGGUGCUGACUCUGACGGUGGUCUUUGCAUGCCUGCCUCCCUGAAUGUCUCUUUUGUGAGCAGGAGAUCGCCCGGCUUUGUCUGCUCCUCUCCUUCCUGUGUCCACAGCACAUGGCAGAGCCAGGCCCAUUUGCUAAAGGACAAGCCAGUGGACGGUACUCACCUUCCUCACCUGAACACAGCACUGUGUUUUGGCCUAGAUCAGAACUGUUCCACUACCUCUUGAGAAGCAUGGAUUUCAGCACAUGCCUUUACAAUAUCGGGGAGCAACUGGACAGUGACGAGCUGGCCUCCCUCAAGUUCCUGAGCCUGGAGCACAUCCCACAGCGGAAGCAGGAGUCCAUCACAGACGCCUGGAUGUUGUUCCAGAGGCUCCAGGAGAACAGGGUGCUGGAGGAAGGCAACCUGUCCUUCCUCAAGGAGCUGCUUUUCCGGAUCAGCAGGCUGGACCUGCUGGCUGCCUGUCUGAGCACUAGCAGGGAGGAGAUGGAGCAGCAGCUCGGGACCCCUGGCAAGGCCCAGAUCUCCACCUACAGGGUCAUGCUGCUUCAGAUUGCAGAAGAUGUAACCAGCCAAGAGCUGAAGAAUUUUAAGUUUCUGCUGCACAGGGAGAUCCCCAAGUGUAAGCUGGAUGACAGCAUGAGCCUGCUGGACAUCUUCAUAGAGAUGGAGAAGAGGGUCAUCCUUGGGAAGGAGAAGUUGGACACCCUGAAAAGCAUCUGUGAGCAAGUCAACAGGAGCCUGCUGCUGAAGAUCAGCGACUACGAGGCACUGCAUGGAGAAGAAAGAAUGAGGCUCGGACAAAGUCCAGAUGCAUCUUCAAAUGAGGAGGAGUCCUUCCCGACGCCAGGCAUGCUGGACUUCCUGGGAGGACAGGAGAAGUCACAGACCUUGGACCAAGUUUACCAAAUGAAAAACAAGCCUCGGGGGUACUGUUUGAUCUUCAAUAAUUAUGAUUUUAGUGAGGCACGGAAGAAUAUCCCCCAGCUUGGCAAAAUGAAGGACAGGAAAGGAACAGAUUUCGACGCAGAGACUUUGGAGGGGACCUUCACUGAGCUUCACUUUGAGACGGUUCCUUGCCGGAACUUCACAGCACAGACGAUCUGUGACAUGCUGCAGCACUACCAAGGCGUGGACCACGGGGACAGAGACUGCUUCAUCUGCUGUGUCCUCUCCCACGGAAACAGCGGCAUCGUCUAUGGCACGGAUGGCCAGGAGGUGCCCAUCUCUGAGUUAACCUCUUACUUCACUGGUUCCAAAUGCCCUUCCCUUGCGGGGAAACCCAAAGUGUUUUUUAUUCAGGCUUGUCAAGGGGAGAAGUGCCAGAAAGCUGUAUGUGUGGAGAGUGACUCAGACGAGAACGAAGCCUAUCUACACGAGGACUUGGCGUUUCCGUGUAAGGCCAUCCCGGAUGAGGCUGACUUUCUGCUGGGAAUGGCCACUGUGGACAGCUGUGUUUCCUACCGAGACCCUACGAAGGGGACCUGGUACAUCCAGACGCUGUGCAAAAGCCUGCGAAGAAGAUGUCCGCAAGGUGAUGAUGUCCUCACCAUCCUGACAGAAGUGAACUUUGAAGUGGGCAAAAAGAUUAACCCGAAGAACAUGGGGAAACAGAUGCCCCAGCCGACCUUCAGCCUAAGGAAAAAGCUGUUCUUCCCCAUUGACUGAUGCUGAGGGCCAGUGUGGAACGCUGGGUUUCUCUAAAGAGUGCUGUGUGCACUUAUUUUGGAUGGUGGCAAAGGAGAACGGAGUUGCGUGCUGUGAUAUGGCGAAGAAGUGCACAUCAGUAGCUAACUCCUGCAGAACAUCAGCAUGCUGCUCCUUCCAAGCCAUCCUCUACACUACUUUUUUUCCUACUUCGCUGGAGCUGAACCAGAGCUUCCUGUGUGCCAAGUGGAACCCCGCACUGCUGUUAGGACAUUUGAGAGUGUUAGGUUUGAAGGCACUGAUUCUUCACAUAAAAGCUUUCAAAACCAAGCUGUUCCACAGGCGGCACCGUCCUCAGCCCCGCGCCCUCUGCCUGCUGCCCUCGGUGCACGUUCGUCCUCUCGCUAAGCUUUGCGCAGCUAUCUGCGGGUGCCAAAAGCUUUUUAGAAAAACAGAAUAAAAUCCCACCUAAAAUCCUGUUUCUCAUA